CUGUGGACUUCACAUUACCAGAGUAUCUGUCUUCUUCCACGGAUCUUACAUCUGCUCUUACUCAGUAAAUUUUGGUGCGACCUGCAACCAACUUGACCAACCCGCCACGGACGAAGCGAGAUGCUGGGUCUAAAAGGUGUUUCCGUUUCGGAGUACCUCUGGAAAUGGCAGCACAAGCUCCGCAAUCUCGGCACGAAGAAUGAGAAGACGGUCGCCGACUUCGAGCUUAAGCAGGGGAAGCAGCUAAAAGUGGGGUUGUCCGUAGCCUCGUCUAAGAUCGCCAAUAUCGGAUCUACCCCUUCAAUCAAGACCUUCUACGAGGGUCCGAUGAGCCAACCCAAUGCCUUCAAUUGGGUUGACUACCCUCCGAGGCAGCUAAGCAAGAGUGCCGUCCAAGCGAACGAGCGGGUCGCCAUCAGGGUGUACAAGAUCAAGGACACUAAGAAGGACAUGAUCUCUGGCUACCACACGCUCAAAUACCACCAGAUCGAGGUUCAGAGCCCUCUACUGUUGGCCGCCCUCGCCGACGUGCUCAAGGACCAAGAUGUCCACAUUGACGUGAACGACACGGCCACCUUCCACUACCCCUUUAUACCACUCUACUUUGCCUACGACGGGCUUGUGGCAAAGCGCACGAGCUUGACAAAGGACGACCCCCUGGACGAGUUCCUCCUCUUGCUAAUCAGGCUCUUGGACGACAUCUUCGCCCCAAUACGGACCAAGUUGAAGAAUCUCAGGGCUGACCGUCUUGUGUCCUUUGAACUGGCCUGGGCGUAUUUUCCGAGAGACACGGUGGUCCUCAGUUGGGGGAAAACCUGCGAAAGACUGUGCAAGGUCGUUGACACCUCGUACACCAAGGGCAAUGAGGUCAUGAACCCGAUCUUGAUCAUCCGCAGCAAAGUUCUCAUUUUCAACGGCGAGGCCUUCAGCUGGGAGGAUGCCACGUUUGAGAUUCCCCAGUUUUCGGGCCACAAACCCAUCACCAAGCUGGACCACUACCCCCUGGAGUUCUCUGACGACGCGGAUGGUAUCAAGAAGAAGCUCACUGCGAGGGGCAGAAAGGUACUGGAUUACCAGGGAAUAACGUACUGCGCAUACAGCGGCAUUGCAAUCCACAAGAGCAGCGUAUGUGUGGAGCGGCUCAAAGUAAACGGCCGCAUUCUUAUCGACGUGGUCGGCUACAAUAAGCACCAUCGGGGGCUGACACCACGCGAGACUAUGGACCUAGACGCAAAGACCAAGGUGAAUGUCACGAACAGCAAGGACCGUGACCUUGCAAGAACUCAGGAUGCGGUGAAUCCUGCGGUCUGGAAGUGGCUCGACGAGGAUGCCCAGGCGAGGAACAAGACGACAAUGCUUGAAAAACAAGAGGAUCUAAUGUUCAUGUCGCCAUUGUUGGAGGGGUACACACUGACGGAAAAGGUGUGGUGCUGUUUCUUCGUCGACGAUAUUGAACCCAUGGUCUGGAAUGACAAGGCGUACGAUCAUCUGGUCUAUGAUGAGGAGCAGAAGGACUUGGUUCUAUCGUUUGUCGAGAGCCACGGUCAUGUGCGUCACCAGGUGGACGACGUCAUCAUGGGAAAAGGCUUGGGCCUUAUUGUGCUCUUGAGCGGCCCCCCAGGAACGGGCAAGACUCUGACUGCCGAAGCGAUCGCCGACCGCACCCGCCGGCCCCUCUUUUACCUGCAAGCUGAGGACCUGGGCGUUAGCGCCACCACGCUUGCGACACAGCUCAAGAAGAUCCUCGAGAUGGCCACUGACUGGGGUGCAGUGAUUCUGCUGGACGAGGCUGACGUCUUCAUGGCAGAGCGGCAUCCGCAGGAUAUCGCGCGCAACGAGCUUGUGUCUAUCUUCCUGCGUGAACUUGAGUACUACCGCGGUAUCAUCUUCCUAACCACGAACCUGUAUAGCACUGUCGACUCGGCUUUCCGCAGCCGCAUUAGUCUGCACCUACUCUUCCAACCGCUCACUUCAGAAGCACGCAACAUUGUCUGGCGUAAGUUCCUUAACCGACUGCCGGAGGUGCCGCAGCUUCCGACGCCGGAACGAGAGAUGGGGGUGGCUGGUAUCGGUGUCGUAGAAGACGGAUGGAAGGAGGAGGAGGAGAGAAAGGUUGGAGACGGCGAUAGGGACGCGCAAGACACCGGUUUGGCUGGACUCAGCGACGAGGAUAUCAAUGAGCUGGCUGCUUGGCAGCUAAAUGGGAGAGAGAUCAAGACGGCGGUAAAAAUGGCGAAGACUUGGUGCGACUACAAGGGACAUGAGAUGACUCUGUCGAGGCUUGAGAAUGGUAUAAAGGCGACGACUCCGCAUGCUGCGAAGGUUACACACGAGGGCGACGUCACUCUGUAUGACGAUUAGGUAGAUUUAUAUCAGAGACUGAGCAAGCAGGUGCUCGAAUAACUCCUGCUGCGCGACCCUCGGCGGAUCGCUACUCGUGUUUAGGG